UUUGCUGAUGGCUUGAGUAACUCAGUGAAUGAUUGUAUAAUCGACUGAGAUGGGGAAGUCAGGGUUGGGGGUAGGUGUCAGAUUUAAACUGCCAUGUUCAGUUUGGGUAUGUUAAAUGUUAAAUGCCUGGUGAUAUCUAAGUAGAGAAGUAAAGUAGCCAACCCAGUUUCGACCUCAGGGCUGGAAAUGUGUUUGAGAGAGUUGUCAGAGGAACACUAACAUAUUAAGUUCUUAAAGAGGAGAGGAGCCUGGAAGAGAUCUAGAAAAGGAGCAGUGCAGUAAGAGACAGCUGGAGAAAGUGGUGUCAUAGAGGCAGAGAAGGAUGAGCAAGGUCUUCAACCGCAUUGAGUGCUUCUGAGAAGUUGAGUGUGAUCGUCCUUCACUGACAUCAAAGUGUUAUGAAGAUAAGCCCAGAGACAUCUUCAGUGGAUCUGACCUCGUGCCGUUUUAACUGAGGGAAAGCCAUGUUUCUGCAGGCAUCCCGUCCUUGUCACACACUGUCAAGAACUGUGAAGAGUCUUGAGAUUUUAUCCUACUCGGAAGCUGACAAAUCAUUCUGUCACAGUUUACUGGUCGCUGGAAGACAUGGAACUCCUGGGUCUGAGACAGAGGACUGUAUUACAGCACAGCCAAUAGCAUGAGCUCCCUGUUUGUGUCAUUUCCUCUUGCCCUUUCUCCUUGUGCCAUGUGUGAGAGAGUCCCCAGGACACCUGCCUAUGAAUGAAAUUGCUGGAUUGAAAGGAAUUUCUUCACAUGGCUUCUGAAGAUGUGACCAUUACGGUUCGCCUCAUUCGUUCAUUUCAACAUCGCAAUUUCAGACCUGUAGUAUAUUAUGGAGUUCAUUUGGACCAAACUGUAAAGGAAUUUAUAGUAUUUCUAAAGCAAGAUAUUCCUUUGAGGACCAGCCUGCCACCACCAUUCAGAAAUUAUAAAUAUGAUAAACUAAAGAUUGUUCAUCAAGCACAUAAAUCAAAGACAAAUGAACUUGUGUUGAGUUUGGAAGAUGAUGACAGACUCCUGUUAAAAGAAGACAGCACCCUGAAAGCCACUGGAAUCGCCAAUGAAACUGAAAUUGCAUUCUUCUGUGAAGAGGACUAUAAGAACUACAAAGCUAAUCCCCUUUCAUCCUGGUGAAAACUUCACAGGGCUUCCUUUUUGCAUACUUGUAUUAAGCUCUUUAUUCCACUAGUGAGUUUUUUAAAUUGACAAAUAAACUUUAAAAAAUUAA